AUGCUGUCUGUUGAGCCUAAUUCAGGUUUGAGAAUCCUUAUACAACUCAAAAAGGGUGAAUCCAAUGUUGUGUUCAAGUGUGCUUCAAAACUGGUAAACCCCAGUUUUUAUCUGAAUCAGAAACAGAAUCCCUCGAUUCAUUCUUGCUUUCUGAAGUUGUGUCUCCUUUGUAACAAGCACCUGAGUCUUGAUAAAGAGGUGUACAUGUAUAUGGGCGAUCAGGGUUUUUGCAGUGUGGAAUGCAGGAGUAGGCAAAUAUAUAUAGAUGAAAUGAAAGAAAUAGAAAUUUCUACAAAGAAAGUGUUAGCAUCGUUGAGGCAGCGCGGGAGCAGUGGCCGGUGUGAGGCUAGUAGCGUGUUAGAGGAAUCCCACCAGCGGCGCUACCCAUUUUCAACUCGAGAAAGUCGAGUUGUUUUCUCCUAG